GCGGAUCCUAAGGACGUCUUCAAUCGACAAUUGAAGCCUGGCAUCGACAGGAUGACAGUCCACCGUCGUCCAGCCCUCGGGGACUUCCCAUUUCGACUCAAUCAUAUUCACCAAUUCAUUCUCCACACCACGGAAGCGAUGGUAAAUCGAAAUACCCGCCAACAUCCAGGAUUCUGACCGUUGAGCAUCCGUUCGCCGGAACUGGGUCCUAGGGUCAUAGCUUGGGAUGAAGGGUCGGUGUUGCUGUUAAACGUCACGGGAAACGAGCCAUAUGGAAGGGAGAGACGGGGAGGCGAUGUCAAUGACCGGAUUCGUUCUGCGAGUACAUCAUGAUCAACGAAGCAAAGGCUUAUGUCGAGGUUUCUGAGCGUCGAUGCGGCCGCACUGAACACGCGUGGAUCGACCAUGAGCCCUUCCCCGAAUAUGAUGACGUUUUUGUACAGAGGUCUCGAAGCUGUAAAAAUGACGUCGAUGAAAGUGGUAUGUCUUUAUGCUAGGUGCAUGUAUCGUUGAAAACCUGAGUUGCAUAGGAGUUCUUUGAGCCACGAGAAGGUCAGGGCUGAAAUCCAAAGUUUGGACCAGGGGAAGUGAUGAGGCGACAGGAGGUUAGACGAGGUGUGUCAGGCUCACACCCCUCCAAUGAUGGGCUUGACCGAAGAGAGCUUUUCGGUACUACUAAUGCAACGUUGGAUCUACGGGAGCCAUUAAAACGACGCUGGUAUAACUAUAAGAAGAUGAGCAUAGAAAUGGUGCAGUCUUUGAUUGGACGAGCCACGGUGCUGAAGGAGAACUGAAGACGAAUCGUUCAAACAUUACUCACAGUAACUGAUGUUAAACUAGGUGUUAAUCCAGAUCAUAGUAAGGAUGCGAUAUGGCAAAACGACAAGUUUGUCAAUAGAUCUUCG